AUGUGUUUAAGUCUUUGUGGAGUUACUUUUGACUUUGCUGAAACCGAUAUUGAGGAAAUUAUUACUGUGCUUUUAAUUAAACUCAUUAAUUUGCAAAAAUUAUUAAAUAAUUUCAUUUUGAAAUGUCGUUACGUUAUUGCUGAACAAUAUAUUGAGGCUUUAGAGUCCCAAAAAGAAUACUUAAUGCCUCUGCA